AUGUAUGGGGUGACAGAAAAUGGUACCGGAAAUGGCCGGCAGGGAACGAGUUUACUAUGUCGAUGGCCCGUGCGCGGGUCAAAAUCCCAUACAAAGUGGGCCACCUCAAGAGCACCACUAACCGACCAAAGCGGACUUGGUGAGAUUUCCUCGGUGUGGCCGGAUCGACAUCUCGCUAGAGGACACAGCUACGGUCCAGGCGGCGCGAGGCGUGAAGCCGCCGGCCGUGCCGCCAACCAGGACAGCCAACUGGCGUAA